GGCACUCGUUGACUAGUGUCAUCGGGCGAAUGAUGACGUUGUGGACAGUGCCGCGAGUACAACUGGAAGUGAAUAUCCAAUGUGAAUAAUUGACAAAUGUGAGAGCUAGUGACUGUGAGAUAUAAAUUAAUUAAUGUUAAAUCAAACAGCCACUAUUUCUGUGUAUAUUGGACAAUGAUAUCUGGUACGCAGAUCCAGCAUUUUCAGAGACGUUGCAUAUGCUUACAUACGUGAAAUGUAUUACUCUACUGGAUUCGUAAAACCGCCUUGAAUACUACCGACCGAAUGAUCGAUUUAGACCUUUUCCGAUUCGCUGAUCGAUUCUUCGUUAACUAUUGAUAUGUCUAUGAAGAAAGAAUCACCCUGGGACGUGGAGUUGCAUCUGGCAGCAGCUCGUGGCGACGCGAAACGCCUUCAGGUUCUUUUGGACUCCGGGCGUGUCCACGUAGACUGCAAGGAUAAGACCAACCACUUGUUUCGAUAGCACGAAUCACCGUGACAGUACCCUACGAUAAGCGGAUUAAAAGGUCUAUGGCGUAAGUGAAGGGUUUCUUAUUUAUUUCCAGGAUGGAACCACCCCGUUAAUACUAGCUGCUGCCGGAGGUCACAUGGAAGCCGUGACAGAGCUUCUUCAGCAAGGUGCCGAUCCCACUUCAAAAAGGCUGACCGGGACCACAGCCUUGUUCUUCGCGGCUCAGGGUGGCUUUAUGGAUAUCGUUGCUCUUCUGCUUGAACAUGGAGCGGCUGUGGAUUCCUGCAGUAUGGACGGCGGUACCCCAUUAUUUGUCGCCUGUCAAUGUGGACACUUGGACGUGGUCGAAGGACUUUUAGAGAGGGGAGCAGAUGUCAAUGCUCAUAUGAAGGAUGGAGCUACAGCUUUGUUCAUAGCAGCGCAGAACGGUCACCUGAGAAUCCUAGAAGUUUUGUUAGAACAUGGAGCCAAAACCGACGCCACGCGUACAGACGGUGCUACCCCCUUGUGGAUAGCUGCUCAAAUGGGUCACGAUCACGUUGUCAGAAGACUACUAAAAGCUGGGGUCAGAGUGGAUGCCACAAGACAUGAUGGCGCGACACCUCUUUUCAAAGCUGCUCAUAAAGGUCACACGGCAGUGAUUGGCGAGCUUUUGAAAUACCGUCCAUCCUUAGGAAUACUACCGAAUGGUGAAAGUGCACUUCACGCGGCGGCCUUGUCUGGACACAUGACUGUAGCCAGACAACUUGUUGGAGCUGGUGCUGAUCCUUUACUCGUUAAUCAGGAAGGGCUUACGCCACUUCAGCUGGCACUGCGACACUCUCAAACCCAGGUCGCUGAUUACCUUAAAGAUAAAGUUAGAGCCCGAACAGCAUCACGUUAAUAUUACAAAUGUAGACAAGGUUCAUUAGGCAUUCUUUUCUGUCUCAUUCUGACGACUCUACAACUGUCAAAUACCAUACGUAUUUUUCAUCCUGUAAUAUUAACUUAUGUUUACAUUGAGGAACCCUGCAGAUUAAAUUAACAUUGGAUAAUUAGCGAGCUUAUGAAUCUUGGUAGCAAGAGAUACUACUGAUGCGAUAGCAUAUCUAUUUUAGUUUUUAUUCUAAUACUACUCAAUGGGAUUUUUAACGGUAUUGCCAUUGGAGAGAUGUUGUCCUAGCUUUUUAGAUUGUCAUUAUUGGUUAAUAACCGAUCUACUGUCAUUGAAAAAGGAUAGGAAAACGUAUCAGUAUUUCGUAAAGUUUGUUUUAUGGGAACUCGUGUAACGUUAGAGUGCAAAACGAUCAGUGCAGCAGAUUAUUCGCAUUUAUUUUCCUAUGUGAAAAUUGUAUUGCUUCGUGGUACAGUAUUUAAUUUUAAGUGUUCACUGUUAUGGUUGUUUAGCACUAGUUAAUUCUAGUAAUUAUAUCGCUAAGGGGUACUACACAGGAAGUGUCCUAUUUUUAGCACACCCUAUAUGGACGGUAGGUUUAUAGUGGGUAUUCCGUCUAAGUUGUUGAAUUAUAACUUUAGCUGUACGUUUGCGCGAAGAUGAGUAUAUUAAUAUAAACAUUAUUUAUAUAUAAAAUUUUAAUAAUUUAUCUUACGACGACUAUCUGUAAUUUCUCUUUUUAUUUUGUAAAUAUGACACAGCAAUAUGCUUUUCAAAAUAACAUAAGGCACGACAACUCUGCUGUUCCUAACUGGUAGAUGAGCUAAUGGAUCUAAUACUGUUCUAGAUACGUUUGAAAGAGACAGCUUUGCGCAUAAUAAUAUUAACUUGUACUUGUAUAUGGAAACUGUACUCUAAUGUAUAUAGGAAACAUCAAUUUUCCCUUUUUGAUUAUCAGAAUUACGCAUUACCAGCAUAAUCAGCUGUAGCAUAAGUAGGUCUAACCCACUAUUCAGCAGUCUUUCAGUAGAGAGAAUUCAGUUUUUUAAAAACACUGUCAAUUGUUCAAUCGAAUGCAAUCACAUAAGACUGACUGAUCUGCCUUGAAACAGAUUGUAAAUUAUGAUAACGAGGCGAAUAUCUGUAAGCGAGAAUCGUGCACAAUGUAUCAAGGGAUUUUAUUAAAAGAUAAAGGAAUCUACAAUUAAUUAGAAUACUAAGAAUUAAUUAUUGUAGAUUUACCGUUAGUACUAUACAUAAUUGGAAAGUGACUUAAUUUUGAAUAUAGACUUUCGUAUACAUGGUUAUUCAGGACUGUUGUGCCACCUGAAGUUAGCACGUCCAUUUGAUUUAUAUCAAUAUCUAUAGUAGAACCAUCUUCAAGCUGGCACAAUAGUAUUGAAUAACCUUUCACGUAACAGUACGAUAUUUUCCAUAUUGGAGGAAGCAUAAUAACCGCAGCAUUCGAUCUAGCAAAUUUUUGCGUGAAACAAAAUUUUCAAAAUAUUCCGGCAGUCUUCCUAGAAUGUAAUAUUUACUUAGUCAAUAAUAAUUAUUGUUAUUGUUGAUAGAUAUAUAUAUAUACACAUAUAAAAAUUUUAUGAAAAUCUUCAAAAAUAAAAUAUGCCUCUUUUAUUGUACAUUCAAAACACUA